AUGGCGGACAAGCAAGCAGAGACUCCUGCUCCUCGGGAGAAGCUUGAAGCUCAGAUCAAGUCUGCCGAUAUGACUGAGGACAUGCAACAAGAGUCGAUUGAAGUUGCUCAGGAAGCCAUGUCCAAAUUCACCAUUGAAAAGGACAUUGCCCAACACAUCAAGCGCACAUUCGACGAGCGAAAAGGCCCUACCUGGCACUGCAUCGUCGGCCGCAACUUUGGCAGCUUCGUCACCCACGAAACAAAGCAUUUCAUCUACUUCUACCUCGGCCACUGCGCCAUCCUCCUCUUCAAGACGCAAUAA